AUGGCACGUUUUCAAACAGCGAGGGGGGAUCCACAGUGGAAGAUUGCAUUCAGUGUCCAGCAGGGACAAGGACAACCUGAGGUAACUGGGCGGUGCUCUGACGGGUAUUAUUGCCCCGAAGGGAGUACAAAGACCAAUGCGGUGGCAUGCCCACCGGGUCACUUUUGCAAGGCACUUGAAAGUGUAUUUACCAAUGUUGCUCUCGAUGGAGUUGUGGAACUCACAAUUCCGGGAGAUUUCGUUGGAAGUGGCACUCCUGAGAAAGUAACAAAUGGUGAAACUGGCUUAGGCACUGGCUGGGUUUCAAAAAGCACAUCCACUGGUGGCCACGGUUUGACAGUUGAUUUUGGCGACCUAUUCUUUAUCAACGAAGUUACCCUAAUUUCCGGAACUGUAAGAGGGGAGAAUGUCCUCUCUUCAUUUUCAGUACAUUUCUUCCACUCUGCAUCGUCUACAUACGUUGAGCUAUUUUCUGUGUCAUCCAACAAGGAAUCUACGUACUCUUUGAGUUUCGGAGAGGUGGCUACCAGGAAGCUCAUGCUCUCAACUACGGAUUCCCAAGUCUACCUUUCAGAACUUCAGGUUUCGGGGACUAGUUCACCUGGCCCCGCCGCUCCUACGCCUUGUCCUAAAGGCUGGUAUCAGGACUUGAAGGGUCAGGUGGCAUGCAAGAUAUGUCCCGAUGGAUAUUUCUGCAUGGACAGCGCAGCUACACCAACAAAGUGUCAUGAGGGUUAUUACUGCCCCAAAGGGUCAUACAAUGGAUACGAAAACCCAUGCCCCGUUGGCACGUAUAAUAAUACAAAAGGUGCCAAAGCCGUGUCAGAAUGCUUACCUUGCCCUACUGGGAAAUUUUGUGGCUCGCGUGGCCUCACACAACCAACUGGAGAAUGCUUGGCAGGGUUUUACUGCAAAGGCGGGGCGUGGUCACCUGCUCCUCACCCUGAGGAGAAAAAUCCAGACGGAAUUUCCGGUUCAGCAGGUGGCCUCUGCCCCAUUGGCUACUACUGCACAGAAGGGACACAAUCUCCACAAGCUUGCGGAGAGUAA